UCAAGUAGUCAGAAGCACGGUUGCAUACGACAUCGGACAUUAGACUUUUUGUGGUCUGUUAAGUGUAAAAUAACUAAAAUAUGAACAGAAUAGUAUUUAAGCAGUUAUUAUAAUAAUCUGUUCAUUGUCAGAACUCUAGUUUUAAAUAUAUAUUUAUAGUACUAACCAUUUUAAUAAUUUUAGGUGACAAUUGUUUGUAUUUUGUAGUAUAUAAAACAUAAUUUAUGACAUAAAUGUGUAGGCUUUAUAUUGUUUAUAUUUGAUUUUGUGUCACAAAAUACCGAUGGUGGUGAUGACUUACCUUCUCAUUUGAAAUAACUAAUAGUUAAUUUAUGUUUGUGAUAGGUAGAAUGUAGAUGCAUUGUUUUUUUGUAUUUUGCUGCUAUGAAAAUUGAAAACCUACAAAUUCAAUUAAAAUAAAUUGUCUGGUCUAAUAUGUUGUACUUAAUAUAACUUUGAUCGAGAUCAUACAAAUUUUGUUCAAAGUAAAAGUACACAUUCACCAUAAUAUGAUGUUGUGAUGUGAUUGGUUAUCACGCAUCGGUUAUGAUAGUUUUGAAGGAAUAAUUUGCACUUUAGUGUUGUAACCCAUUUUAAAUGGUAAACACAAUAUUAAAUAUAAAAACACAAUGAAUUACAUAUUUGCCUGACAUAAAUGAAGUACUUAUUAGGAUGAUAGCAUAAUUCUUCAAACUAAUUCAUCAGUGUUUAGGUUAUAAGUUAAAUAGUUACAUACAUAUGGAUAGUCAAAAUCAGCAUUUAAUUGACCACAAUUACAUUCAGCCUGAUGAAGAAAGAGACGAUGUUCCAUACCCGUUCGUUGACCAUAACUAUACCUUACCAGUCAUUGCUAAUAAACCAAUAAUAUACAGAAUUCUCCCCGGCAUUCAACGCAAUACAAAAAUAUAUGUAGAUGAUUUUGGAUAUAAAUAUUAUAAAAAAAAGUUACUUGUCAAUAAAGUAACAUUAAUAUGUGAGCGACAAAGAAAUCCAAGUCGCCGGAUGUGUCAUGGUACUGCAUCAAUUAAUAAAGAUGAGACAGAUAAACAAAUUUCAAUUGGAACUCCUCAUAAUCACAAUCCUCCAGUAAUUGACUUGAAUGUACCAUUAUUGAGAGACGCUCUCGGUGAAAGAUGUCUUGAUCCAAUUAGAACAGAGUCUGUUCGGAGUAUUUAUAACAGCGAAAUAAUUAGGCAUCAAGAAGCGGCUAAAAAUUAUACAUUUAAACAAACACAAGCAAGAGUAAAAAGAAUGAGAAGAUUACGAUUACGGCGAUUAACAAUUGAUUAUUGUUCAUAAUCACUUAGUAAAAUUUCCACAGUUCAUAAAAUAUGAUCUCUUGAUUAGAGAUGGUACGUGCAGAUACAAAUGAGAAGAUACAACCUGACCGAUUAGGGAAUGUGUACCAGCAGAUGAAUGGAGUCAGUGAUUUUUUAGUGUUUCUUAUAAGUUUUUGAGGUGAACUGGUCAUCAAAAUGAUGGUCAUGUUCAGCAAGUCCCCUCAAGCUAACUCAUCAAUAAGAUGGUGUAAUUUUUAUCCACUACUUAAGUUAAUUGAAAAUGUAUUCUCAUCAAUUAAAUUAAUUGUGUUACUUAAU